AAAGGCAACCCUGUUGUCUGCAGUGAAGAGCUUGAUUAUGCCCUGUUUGAAGUGGACAUGAACUCCCCUUCAGAGUCCUUACUCAACAACGCAAUUUCACUUACUGAUCUUGACAAGAUCGAGUCUGGUCCACGAAACACGGCGGUGAAGACUGUGACUUCAAAUGGUAGAGUCGUCCAUGGACUCAUGUCGGAAGAUACACUUCCCGUACGGCUUCCUCACUCUAAAGAGUUCACCGAGGUAUAUACUGCGAGAUUCUUUGGGUCACUUGGUCCUGGAGACUGUGGAGGCUGGGUCAGGGAUAAGGUAACUGGCCGCCUCUUUGGACACGUCUUUGCAGGCAAUCUAUCCAACGGUCUGACUGCCGUUAUGCCCGCCAGACUUGUUUUCGAACAUGCUCGAGCUCUAUUAGAUCAACAA